AUAGUUGAGCCGCUUCAAUCAUCCAUAAUGUCUCUUCUUUCUAUAAGCCUACUUUGGUUCCUUUGUUGCCUCAUCAUAACAACAACUCUCAUAUCCAAAACCAGUGCUGAUUUAGGUACAACUUCACAAAGGUUCUUCUACUUUUGCGAUCAAAAUAACGAGAGAGGUAACUACACAGCAAAGAGCAACUAUGCCAGAAACCUCAAUACCCUUUUGUCCACUCUCACAUCCAACACAAGAAUCGACUACGGUUUCUACAAUUCCUCUUAUGGCGAAAACAAAGACAAAGUAAACGCCAUUGGACUCUGCAGAGGAGACAUCAAACCGGAGGAAUGCCGCGGCUGCCUCGAUCAAGCGAAAGCCAACAUCACACAGCUUUGUCCAAACCGCAAGGAGGCAAUUGGUUGGUACCAAGAUGAGAAAUGCAUGUUGCGGUACUCCGAUCGCACCAUAUUCGGCCUCAACGAAACAGAACCAGCCUAUUAUAUGUGUAACAUGAACAAUGCAACAGUAGAUGCGGACAAGUUCAAUGGAGUGGUGAAGAACUUGUCGGACAAGCUAAGAAGGAAAGCUGCAGCGGGUGACUCUCGUCGAAAAUAUGGAGCGGGAACUGCGGUUGAUGAUCAAAGUAACAAAACCGUGUACGGUGUUGUUCAGUGUACUCCUGAUUUGUCUGAAGCAGAAUGUGAUAGCUGCUUAGUUGAGUCAAUCAAAGGGCUAUUGAGUCUUUGCAAUGAUAAGAUUGGUGCUAGAAUGGUUAGGCCUAGUUGCUAUCAUAGAUAUGAAACCUACUCCUUCCUCUUCUAUGAUCCUUCAACACAUCACCCAUCACCAUCACCAUCACCAUCACCAUCACCAUCACCAUCACCGUCACCAUUUCCAGCACCUUCUUCACCUGAAGCGACGCCUUCACCAUCGUCAUCUCUGGUACCACCUUCAGCACCUUCAGCCCAACCACCAUCUGAUCCUCUAUCAUCACCAACACCUUCUUUUGAAGGGGUGAAAACAUCAAGUACCACAGUCACUACAGUUCCGUCGUUGUUGUUGUUGGGCUCAUUUUUAUUUGUAUCAACAUAGGCAGAAUUGGGAGCCCAACAAAACUUUGAAAGUGUUCUCUAUUUUCUAUUAAGGAAAGCUACAUCAGUGGCUCGUUAGGAGAUUCUUGUCAAGUGCAGCUGGUCCAGCUUAUUGUUGUAAUCUUUAAUAGAUUAAUAAAAUAAGUAGUUCUCAUGACCAAAAAAAAAAAAAAAAAGUAGUUCUUGAAAAAUGUUGUGAUAGAUUUAUAAAUUUUGAAAAAAAAUCAAAUAUA